CCUCCUGAAUUUAAUUCUAAUGAACAUUUAACUUAUGAACAUAUGGAAACACUUAAAAUAAAUCCUCAAGGAUUUCUACUACCUGAAGAAGUAAAACAUUUUCAACAUCUCAUGAAUUUAAUUCAAGAGACUCUGGCAUUUGAAGAAACUGAUAGGAGGACUCUCAAAGAAUCAUAUUUCACACCAUAUAUUAUCUCUACUGUACCUCAUGUACCUUGA